GUGGAAGGAGAGGAGGUCUUGGGGAGGGUUAGAGGACUGAGUGGAGGGGUAACAAAAUUGUAAUCGAUUAUCUUUGGAAACAUUUGUGUACUGGUAGACAGUGUUGUCUUUGAUAAAAGUAAAAAACUAAAACAAAUUCAGUGGGAUGUGAAUCCUGUUGUUCUCUGCUUGCAGCCUAAAAAUCUCUCCAGCUCUGAAUCUAUUCCUCUGUGCUGUUUCAGGUUCAUUUGCGUCCAUCCUCUCAUCAGGAGCUUACUUUCAGACUGUGGUUAAGGUUGGAGUUGCCCUGAUUUUUCAUCAUGAGGACUGUGUGUUUAUCUGCACUCCUGCUGCAGCUCCUCGGGACGUCUUUCUGUCAGUUCCCCCGCCCGUGUGCCAACUCAGAGGGACUACGGACCAAAGAGUGCUGCCCGGUGUGGGACGGUGACGGCUCAGUCUGCGGUGCCAUGUCAGGCCGUGGUUUCUGCUCCGAGGUGUUGGUCUCAGAUGAGCCCCACGGGCCCCAGUACCCUCACCGUGGGAUUGAUGACAGAGAGCGCUGGCCUUUAGCCUUCUUUAACCGGACGUGUCGCUGUGCUGGAAACUAUGGAGGCUUUAACUGUGGAGAAUGCAGGUUUGGUUACUGGGGUUCGAACUGUGCAGAGUACAGGGAAUCUGUGCGCAGGAACAUCAUGACCAUGUCCACUGCUGAGCAGCAGAAGUUUGUCUCUUACCUGAACCUGGCUAAAAACACCAUCAGCCAAGACUACGUCAUAUCCACAGCAACAAGAGCAGAGAUGGGCGAGAACGGUGAGAACCCCAUGUUCUCUGACAUCAACACCUAUGACCUGUUUGUGUGGAUGCACUACUACGUGUCCCGGGACGCCUUCCUGGGGGGGGCAGGGAACGUAUGGACAGACAUCGACUUUGCCCAUGAAUCUGCGGCCUUCCUUCCGUGGCACCGAGUCUUCCUGCUUCACUGGGAGAAUGAGAUCAGGAAGCUGACGGGAGAUUUUAACUUCACCAUCCCGUACUGGGACUGGAGGGACGCCCAGUCCUGUGAGGUGUGCACCGAUGCUCUGAUGGGUGGACGCAGCUCCCGCAAUCCCAACCUCAUCAGCCCCGGCUCCGUCUUCUCCUCAUGGAAGGUGAUCUGCACCCAGCCAGAGGAGUACAACAGUCGAGAAGCAUUGUGUAACGCCACCGGGGAGGGCCCACUGUUGCGUAACCCAGGCAACCAUGAUAGGAACCGCGUGCCUCGACUCCCCACAAGAGCUGACGUUGAUUUCACUGUGGGCCUUCCUGAGUACGAGACGGGGCCCAUGGACCGAUUCUCCAACUUGAGCUUUAGAAACGUCCUGGAGGGCUUUGCCAGUCCAGUGACAGGCAUGGCGGUGCCGGGCCAGAGCACGAUGCACAACUCCCUGCACGUCUUCAUGAACGGCUCCAUGUCCUCGGUGCAGGGUUCAGCCAACGACCCCAUAUUCUUGCUGCACCACGCUUUCAUUGACAGUAUCUUUGAACGCUGGCUCAGGACCCACAUGCCUCUCCGGGCCAACUACCCCCUCGCCAAUGCCCCCAUUGGCCACAAUGAUGGCUACUACAUGGUGCCCUUCCUGCCUCUCUUUAGAAACGGAGACUACUUCUUGUCCAACAAGGCUCUGGGAUUCGAGUACGCCUAUUUGCUGGACCCUGGACAGAGGUUCGUGCAGGAGUUCCUGACGCCAUACCUCGAACAGGCCCAACAGAUCUGGCAGUGGCUCCUGGGGGCCGGGAUCCUCGGGGCUCUCAUCGCAGCGGUCCUCGCUGCGGUGAUUGUUGUUGCGAGGAGGAAGUGGAGGCGUAACCAGAGGAGGAAGAGGGUGUCAAGCUACGGAGAGAGACAACCACUACUGCAGAGCAGCUCAGAGGAAGGCUCGGCCUCAUAUCAGACCACUCUGUAACACACACACUGUACAUACUGUUACAUGAAUGUGCAAACUAUUAAGGACACAUGAUUCCAUGACACAAAUGAAUAAGAUGAAUCUUAGUACAAGGAUACGUCUUUUUUUUAUUCCUGAGAAUAAAUCAAUUUAGAUUUUUUAAUAAAGGUACAGAUGAGUUAGAGAAGAGCCUUUAAAGUCAGUUCACCCGAAAUCUCAAAAAGUAAAUAUUUCUCCCUCAUAGUAUCUGGCAGACCGCUUUGUGUGUGUGUGUGUGUGUUGUUGAGAUACCUGCUAAUAUAUCUGCUCAUCUGCUUUUGAACAAUAGGGGUGAAGUGAAUUUUAUUUGUGGUGGUCAUAGCGCUCAUUAGGAACACAAUUUAUUUUCCAAGGUUUUCUUUCAAUUUCUUUGUGCAAAAAAAGACAGAGGAGAACAGAAGAGACGGUUUAAGACAUCUCCACAAAUGGAUUGUUUAAACGUUGAUGAGGGGAGAUUUGGGUGAAAUGACCCUUUACAGAUUGAGACAAGGAGCAAAGUCCUUCAGAUGUGCCUGAUAUUUUACACAUUCAGUACAUGUCAUGUCAGAAAUAUCUCUGUGUGACACAAACGUACAACGUGACAGACUUUCAGAGCCAUCAAGAGAUCUUUAUCACAAAGCAACACCUCCCUGCAGUUUGCAGGUCAAACACCUUGAGGGAUAUUUAUUGUCUAUUUACAGAGGCCACUCUGCAGCCAAUGACAGCAGCUGUAGUUAGAUAAGAUCAUUGACUUGUGCAGAGACACAUUUCAUCUAAUUUAUUGUCCACUUGUAUGUUACUGGAAAUCAUUGAGAUUCAGUAAAUAGUCACUUAAAGCCAGGUCAUGUCUGCUGAUCUGUGGGGACAGCUCGAGUUGUUGAAAGCACUUUAUUUGUUGCUUCAUACAGAUAAAGUCCCGGUCACACGUACCAGAGUGUGUCAGCAAUGAACCCUGUUCACUUCCAAUCAGCACCAGCUAGGGAGGUGAGGAAAACAUUUGUUUUAUGUGGCGAAGCAAAUGGCAGAGUGAUUUCACGUAGAGUUUAACUUUGUUGAACUUUGACCCAUGAUAUUCUCUUUACAUUCAUGUAUCUGUGACCGGGCCUGAAAUCUGAGUCCCAAAAAACAUACUUUUAAUCAGUUUAUGUCUUUCAGUGCAAAAUUCUGAAAAAACUGACCAAACCGACAACACACUCUCGUGUGUUAGCACUGGUGCUAAAGGAGCGCAGCAUACUCACAAUAUGUAUCAUGAUAAUGAAGAUGAAUCAGGAUUUUGUAAAUGCUGCAUUAAAAUCAGACUUGAUCCAA